CUUUCCUUUUUUUGUCUAAGUCACUAACUCUUCAUCAGCCUGAGAGUUCUCCUCUGCUUCAGGCAAAGAUGCUCGACGCCGUCAUGGAUGCCGUGCAAGGUUUUGGGGUGAGCAGCACCCACUACCUGCAGACCAACUACUCCAAUGCCCAGGGCCUUUUCCUCUGGGUGUCCUGGGCAGCAGACCUCAGGAACACCUUCUUCAUCUUCUUCCCACUUUGGUUUCACCUGCGGUCCUCAGUGGGCAUCAAGCUCAUCUGGGUGGCAGUGAUCGGCGACUGGUUGAAUUUGGUGUUUAAAUGGAUUCUAUUUGGGGAAAGGCCGUACUGGUGGGUCCACGAGACACCGUAUUAUGCAAACACAGUCCCUCCUCACAUUGAGCAGUAUCCCAUGACCUGCGAGACUGGGCCAGGCAGCCCCUCUGGACACGCUAUGGGCGCCGCAGGUGUCUACUACACCCUGGUGACCUCCAUCCUCAUGGUCAUGACCAGCAAGAAGAAACAUGGAAGCAAGAAAUCCACCAACGCCGAGUGGUAUAUGAAGGCCGUUCUGUGGACGCUGUUUUGGGGAGUGCAGGUGUGCGUGUGUCUCUCCAGGGUCUUCAUCGCUGCCCACUUUCCCCACCAGGUCAUUGCUGGUGUCAUCACAGGUAUGAUCGUCGCUGAGGCCUUCAACAGAACACAGUGGAUCUACGGCGCCAGCAUGAGGCAAUACUUCUACACCACGCUCUUCUUGACUUCGUUCGCCGUCGGCUUCUACCUCCUGCUCAAGGCGGUGGGUGUGGACCUGCUGUGGACCCUGGACAAAGCUCAGAAGUGGUGCAUCAGGCCCGAGUGGGUCCACCUGGACAGCACGCCCUUCGCCAGCCUCCUGCGCAACAUGGGCACCCUUUUCGGUCUGGGCCUGGGCCUGCACUCGCCGCUCUACACCGAGACCAAAAAGAGCAGCAGCAGGUUGGUCACAGCAGGAUGCGUCAUCAGCUCUCUGCUCCUGCUGCACUUGUUCGACUCCUUCAAGCCUCCCACCCACACCGCAGUCCUCUUCUACCUGCUGUCCUUCUGCAAGAGUGCCACCGUGCCUCUGGUCACCGUCAGCAUCAUCCCCUACUGUGUGAACGGAGCUCUGUGCCUGCAAAACAAAAAGGGAGUUUGAGCGAGGAACUUUUGAUUGGAGAGACUUAUGAAAGUGUAGUUUCUUCCAGGUCAUGUUUUCAUCAUUUAUGAGAUCCUCAGAAGAAGAGCGGAAGAGAUCAAUUGGAAAUGGUCACCGGUGCCAUUUGGACACUGAACUCUGUGAGCAAGUGUGACCACGAGCGAAGACGCUAUCCAGGUCACCCAGCAUCACCUCCAAAGAUCUACUUUCAAAUUAGAAAAAAUAUUACGAUUGCAGUUGUUUCAGAGCCCGGGAAAAAGGACAAGCGAUGAACACAUGAGUGUAAAUAAGUGACUUCUUACCUGCAGUUUGUUGUGCUGAACCUCAGUUUGAGGGCAAUGAAACACUCACAACAUUGUCGCUAUUGCAAGUGUAAAAAAAUGAUAUAUUUCUAAUGUUAGAGAAAAUAUUUUUUUGAAAUGUGUUUGUGAGUAUUUUUUAAUAAAAUAUUAUAAAUUACGAUGUUCAUUUUUCACCACAUUUAUUUGGCCAUUAUUGAGAAUUGAAGUAUUAUAGUAAGGGCACUUUUUCUUUUCAAACAGAGACAUUUAUAAAUCAAAAUGAACACAUAAAGAGAUAAACUGAUACAAUACAAAGGACAAUGACAAUGAAUUUACACCAUUUAUUCCAUUUCAACAUUAUACACUACCUGAAAUGGUGGUAACUGGAUCAUGUACGGUUGAGCCUGAAUUUGAGGUCCAACUGGAAAAACUAGAGAACCGGGAGAAAACCCACGCACCCACGGGGAAGAACAUGGAAACUCCAUGCUGGGGUAUCCUUCCUUUUACGUCUAAGACUACAUUAAUAUGUUAAGAAUCUACACAAUCACAUAGUAAGCUAUGCAUCUUUAUGAAUAUUACCAUAAUGUCCAAUAUAUAAAGCUGUAAAGUAAUAAUGACUCCACAUGUUUUGAACCAAUUUUUAGUAGUAAGUAAUAAAUCAUCACAUAAAUGCACUUUACUGUGUUUGGAAGUACCAUGUUUUCCUCUGAAAAUAAAUGCAUACAGUUUUAAAUGAACAUAUAAUAAAUGUACUUUAUAUA